AUGAUGGGGCUUCAGAAACGACGAUUGUCGAAUACUUCUUUGUCAAAAAGCAAAAUUAUAAAGCUCGAAACGAAUGAAACUGUCCCUAAAGAACUUUCCCGAGAUGAAAGACAGGAACGAGUUUUUGCAAAUAUGCGAUUGAGACGAAUUGUAAAAGAGAAUCAUGGCCAGAUCUCCUUUUUCUUCAACAAUAAGAAUUUCGCUGGACCGGUUGGAAUUGAUCACAACAAGACAUUUGACAAAAGAGGAGCAGUUCAGCGUGAUCAGACAGAUACCAGUAAUAUUUUGGCAACAGUCGGAGGCUGUCAGCUGAAUGUGUACGACAAUGAACACUGCGGUGAUCAUCUUGACAUCAUGUCCAAUUUUGAUCUCACUGCAGGAAACACAGAGGAAUCUACAGUCAAACAAAACUUGUUGACAUUCUGUUGGCUGUACAGAGAAGGUGAUGCUUGGCUGGCGACAGGGGGAUCUGAUAGAAAGAUACACAUUAUCAGUUUAGCCAAUUCUGAAGAAAUAUGUAUUCUUGAAGGACACACAAAGACCAUUGUCGAUAUCCAGGCUCAUCCCAAAAACGACAAACAUAUUCUUUCAACCUCUAAAGACGGAACAAUGCGAUUAUGGGAUGUUGAUACUAAGAAAUGCCUGGUUUUAUUUGAGGCAGAGUCUACUAUAGCAUGCUUUCAUCCCUCAGGAACAAAGUUUGUCUCUGGUGGCUCUAGAGGUGAAUUAAGGGAGUGGCAGAUCCCAAAUCAUACGGUAUUCGAUGGAAUGGACGACUAUAUCACAGUAGAAAAGAGGCAUUCGCGUGUAUUAAAAAAAGUCCAUGGAGAAAGUUAUAUUGAUUGCAUUCGAUAUGCCAACGGAAACUUGCUGUCGAAAUCUAUUAAUGGCCGUAUUGAAUACUGGGAUCCCGAAUCAGAUAAGAUGAUGCGCUCUUUCCGUGUACGCACAGGAGAAAACUUUUCUAGAUUUGAUGUGAGCUUGGAUGAAAGGUUCAUUGGUGUAGGUACUAGUCAAGGCAGUGUGUUUAUUUAUAAUAUCGAUACCGGUAAAAUGGUUGCUGAGCUUGCUCACAGACGAUCAACAAAAUCUGUUCGAUGCUGUGCCUUUUCCCUUGAUUGUCGUCAAAUGGUAUGUGCUGGUGAAGAUGGAUUUAUCUGGAGAUACGAUUUCAUUGAAGAUGCCACACUUGAGGAAUGGGCAAACUGGAAGAAAUCAGAAUAG